AUGAUUUGAGCGUGUUUUGCUGUGCCUCUGUGCCUCUUGCAUGUGAAACUCUCUGGAGCUGCUGUGAGUCUGAUUCGCUGCAUCUGAAUCUGCUCCCACAAUUCAACAGGCAACAAAGGAAGAAAGGAAGAGGCCGAGAGCUACAAAGUGUUAGCCAACCUGGGUAGACAGAUGUCCCCUUAUUGUGUCAUUCCACUCGGUAAUAUCAACCCGCACCUUUAGAGGAAAGCCUGUUCUGUACUUAGAGACUCUUUGUACUGUCCUCUGGUCUCAGGAGCUGAAGAAAGGGAAGCUAAUUCAAUGUUUUCGACUGGAAACGCUCACAAAGCUAGCUGACUGGCUGUAGGUGUUGGGCUAACAUUAGCCAAGAGGAGCGAACCUUUGAUGGAUGUGUUGUGCUGAAUAAAUGUCAGCACCUGUGGGAUAUCUGUUCCAGGAAGACGAGCAGCAGUGACUGGCAUCAAAUGAAAGGUGGUGGAAGUGGAACUUGACCCAUCCAACUGAGUCACCAUUUCCCUGCACAUAAUGGGUUUGAGGGCUCCACUGUAUGCAUGACUUGUUUGGUGUGGCCUGAUGGAAGGACACUGUGGAUAGUACUUUCAUCGGGAUACCAGGAGAGCCAUCCCAUGCCCCCACUUUGGAGGGCCUGUCAGAAUGAAGAAGAUAAGCCUUAAGACCAUCCGCAAGUCCCUCAGCAUAAAGGGCAAAGAGGAGGGUGACUUUGUCAUGCUCCAGCAGCCCCCGGUGACGACAGAGUUUUCAAAGGAGGAGUCACUUUUUGGGGGCUGCUACACCAAAGAGCUUUCUGGCUGUGACCUCGGUGGAGAGGAGGACAAAGGGGGCCAGAAUAAGGGCCGCUCAAAGAGUGAGAGCCUGAUGGGAUCACUCAAAAGAAGGCUGUCUGCUAAGCAGAAGGCGAAAGUGAAAGGCAGCUCCUCGGCCAUCGGCUCGGUGGAUGACGAUGACACCUUCUCGUCCUCGUCCGUGCCCAUCAGCUUCAACGAGGUUAAAGCCCAGAGACCCCUUAGAUCUUCAUCCUUACGUAGUCACCAUUACAGCCCCUCGCCGUGGCCUCUUCGGUCUGUUAACUCUGAUGAGGCCUGCAUAAAGAUGGAGGUAAAAGUAAAAGCCAUGGUUCAUUCGCCAAGCCCCAGUCCAAACUUAAACGGCGUCCGGAAAGAAUUUCAUGAUUUCCAGAUGGAAGGGCUCUUUCAGGACCAAGCAGAAUCCUUAAAGAAUCUCCAGCAGCCGCAAAACGGUGAGCUGCAUCUAAAUAUAGAUGAAAAUGAUGUGCCUGACGUGCUGGGAUUGACUCCCCAGGACUACAUCCAGUACACAAUGCCUUUAGAUGAGGGAAUGUAUCCAGAAGGGUCCCACUCCUGCUGUCUGGAUGGCUCCUCUCCCAUGGAGGUGGUGACUGAAGCAGACAGUGCAUCCCUCCACACGGACCAGGGGCAGGAGGAGCAUGAGCUGGUUAGUGGGCUGCCUCCGGAUCUCUUCAUGGAAACCUCAGUUAACAGUCUUCUCAUCGGUUCUGCUGGUGUGAUGCUCCAAAGCUCCAGAGUGGAGGUCCCGCCUCCGCUCUCUCCUCUCCUGCCGCCCAUAUCUAGUAACGGACUCAUUCCCAGGACUUUUUCAGGGUUCAGCUCUACAGACAGCCAGGUAGCUGCAAGGGUAAGACACCACCUCAACUUUGACCCCAAUUCAGCACCCGGGGUCAGCCGAGUGUAUGACUCAGUCCAGAGCAGCGGGCCCAUGGUGGUCACCAGUCUGACGGAGGAGCUGAAGAAGCUGGCGAGGCAGGGCUGGUACUGGGGCCCCAUCACGCGCUGGGAGGCCGAGGAGAAGCUGAUCAACUUGGCUGACGGUUCAUUCCUGGUGAGAGACAGCUCAGAUGACCGGUACCUGCUCAGCCUAAGCUUCAGGUCGCAGAACAAAACCCUGCACACCCGCAUCGAACACUCCAACGGACGAUUCAGCUUCUACGAGCAGCCGGACGUGGAAGGACACACGUCCAUCGUGGACUUAAUCGAACACUCUAUCAAAGACUCGGAGAAUGGAGCUUUUUGCUAUUCCAGGUCUCGCUUACCAGGGUCCGCAACCUACCCUGUCAGACUAACCAACCCAGUGUCGCGGUUUAUGCAAGUGCGCUCGCUGCAGUACCUUUGUCGCUUCGUCAUCAGACAAUACACAAGAAUAGACCUGAUCCAGAAACUGCCCUUACCCAACAAGAUGAAAGAUUAUCUGCAGGAGAAGCACUACUGAGGACACAGAGACGGUGGUAGCAAUUUGCACUUUUGUGUUCAGUUCAGAGAUUUAAACACGGUUUACAGAAAACUACAGUUAGGAGACGUUUGCUUCCAGUGGCUCUUGGUUUAUGUCCAUGCGACUCUUUCACUGUUCAGUCCACCACUCCACUGUUCUGGGUUCAUUUUUUCUUCACUGGUUUAAGGAGGCGUUAUUUACAGAACAGUAGACCAGCACAUAGCCUGCUGCAAAAACUACGCAGAGGUAAACAGCCGAGUUAUCUUAGAUGAAUCUAUCAGCUGAUAGAGGUGAAGUAUGAACACCCGGCUCCGCUUAAUGGAGCAGAUUUCUCUGAAAAACUUGCAGAGUUAAGUUUGGCCUGAAAGAGAACACAAAAUUCUACUCUGAAUUUGAAACUUCGAGUUUUUAUCCACUAAAUUGUACAUUUCAAAGAUGAUUUCAAGGAUGGAGAAGUAUUGACACGCUGAAACUUUGAUAUCUGAUGUGAAGCUUCCUGCAGACUGACCGUGCUGAUCAUCUUUCGCUUUUAUUACUCCUCAAACUGCGUUGUUACCAUUGUUCAGCAUGAGACGACUUCAUUCCAGAUUUAUACUAUGCAAUUAGUCAAACAGCAAGGCUAGGCUUCAUCUCAUAACGAGCAAUGAUAGGUGACUCGUAUUUUUCACUUAUUGACACACUGCAGCGCAUAUCUGUGAGGUGCAGUUUCUUCAGUAUUAUUUGCCCCUCGGCUCUGAACACCCGACAAACUGCUUCAGUAUACUCGUACUGACGCAGGCUGGUGCUUUGAGUUUGUUGUGUGUGUAACAUCCAGCAUCACUGCUUCAUGAACAUUAAUACUCCUUGAAGUCAUGAUAGUUUUUCAGGUGUGUAACAAACAUUUUGUUGUAAAAGAUGAUCAAAACGAGUCGGUCUGUGCGGAGGUGUAAGAGGAGCCUUGAAUCGUACGGCCGCAUGAAGCCAUUAAAGCCUAAAGGUACUUACAAUGCUGGAUUUGAACGUGCUGUUAGUAGAAACAGCAUCACAUUGAUGUAUAAAUCUGUUAGAAACAUGUUAACAUUAUCUUUCUGAAAUCUUCUGCAUUAGGAAUGUUGCAACAACUGCACUGCAGCUCAGGCCUAACAACUUUGUCACUAUCUGUAAUGCUUGUAUGUGCAUGUAGUAAAGGCUUUAAGACUGUCAGUUAACAGCACUGUAGAGUUACUCUUAAUGAGAGAAGAUGUCACUGUUAAAAGGUCGAACGGUUUUGGCUGUGUUGUUUAAGCGCAACGCUGAGUAAAAGCCUCUUUAAUGCACAAUUGCAUUUACCUGAGGCAGUUUAUAAGAAAAGAAAAUUACCCUCAAUUAACCUUAACGGAUAAAAGGACACACCUCGAGUCGAUUGAUUUCUGUGUUCGUGCGUAAGAUCGGCUGUUUCUCAGUCUCUUGGUGCGAGCAGUGAGCUGGACCCAGAUCAAAAGAUUCCCAAAAAUGGUUUGAGGACUUUAGAUAGCCAGGGUUAAGUCCAAAUUGCCAUCUUGGAGCAAAGCCAGAGUUUGAGCAUAUGACAAAGAGUUCCAUCACAGCUGCUGCAUGGCUGCAUUGUCAGUGUCACAUGGAGUUAAAGGACAUUUAAAGACACAUUAAAGCAUACAGUUUCCUCCACUGCUUUUCAUAUUGUCCCCAUAGAGCUGCACGACCCCUCAGACUGUCUCCAGAGUAAAGGGAAGAGCACAGUAUGCUACGUAAGUGCUUUAUAUGGAUUCAAUGACAGGGAAUUGUUUCACAUUAUGAAUGAGCAUCUAUUUUGACAUCAGUGUCCUUAAAUGUGUUUGGAGAAAAGGUCUCUUGGACAACUUUGGUAGGUUGUUAGCGCAUAGUUCUAGUUUUAGUUAGACACGUUGGCGUCUGAGGGAGUUCAGGAUUCUAGCACAGCAAAAAAUUAGAUAGGAACUUUGAACGGUGUUGCAUGUUUUAAGACUUAGCAUUUAAAGCUUUGAGUUGUAUAGGAAUGAAGGAUCUAGGUUGUGUGUGUUGGCUGUGUAGAGGGAGGUUUUUCUGUCACUAAACAUUGGCUGGACAUUCUAUGUACAAGAAAUGUAUUUUUUUGGCGAACCCUUCUGUGAGUUUGUUUUUUUGUGACAUUUGCCAUCUGGGGAACGGGGCUGUACAAAAGGAAUGUACGCUUGUUUGAGGUUUCCAUUUUAUCUGCCUGCAGAACAGUUUCAGAACGCAUGAGAAUCAGAAAAAAAAAACCUACAUUGACACAUUUUUUUUUGCACUUGAAUAUUCUCCAUUUGACACGCCUGGAUCCUCUCCUGCCUAGAGCUGUCCUUCAGAUAGCUAUCUGAAAAAAAAGAAGAGAAAUACAGUCACACAUUUGUCCGUAUGUGUUCACACAGCUUGUUUGGAUUAAAUGGUUUUGUUUGUGUCAUAUCUGUGGGAUAUAAAGGGUAAGGCACCAGCAUCAUAUCAAAGCCUCUGCUAAUGCUCUCUUUGGCUGUCAAGGAAUGGGAUCAUGGCAUGAAUGUGGAUGUAGAUUUCCUGUGUGUGUGUGUGUGUGUGUGUGUGUGUGUGUGUGUGUGUGUGUGUGUGUGUGUGUGUGUGUGUGUGUGUGUGUGUGUGUGUGUGUGUGUGUGUGUGUGUGUGUGUGUGUGUGUAAAUGUGAAAGUAUGAUGUUAGUCUCUUUUAAUACGACUGUAUUUCCAUGUUAAUUUGCGAUUUGUCAACCAGUUUUGACAUGCAGGAACCAGUUUCAUUUGGCGUUGCUGCUGUGAUUUUUCUAAAUCUGUAUUUAGUUUGAUUAUUAAGCAUUAUUGCCUUCAUUGUUUGAUUCCAGAGGUUGAUGCUUGUGCAGACUGCUGAGGCGUUUUGAAUUUCUAACAGCUGUUUAGCACUUAACAAGCUCCAACCUUUUUGCUUCUCGUGCAUCUCGGUGAUUGAAGGUGAUUGUUUACAACAUUAUGUUUGGAAAAGCCCCUCCCCUUUUUGUUUUUGUUCCCCUCUCUCACAUGAACAUCUUGGUACAAUAUGAAACCUUUUUUUUUUUUUUUUACUUUAAUGUGUUCGACACAUUUGUGCUGCUUAUGGAUAUGAUUGCCUUUCUUGUAUUUAACAACGGGGGGGACGGAAUGUCACCAAUGUAGAUGUAUGUACACGUAACGACUUUGGUUAUCAUCUUGGGAGAGCAGAGCAGAAUUUCAAUUUGUUAACAACCGUAGUCAGUUAAAAGAGCAUUAGUAGCGAUUAGUAAACCCUCUGUAGAAUAACCGGUUCACUCCAGUUUACAUCGGUCGUCAACUUUCCAAAGUAGAUGGUCUUUUUGUAUUUUUCUGUUGGAAAAAAAAAUUAACGGUGAUUUUAUUGCACACUUUGGAUACAGUUCAAGAGUUUUUGUAUCUGCCAAUUAUAAAUUAUAAAUAAAAAACUAUAUUCUAAAAAG